AUCCCGGGUCUUAUUGGCAGAGGAUACUAGUAUUACUAUUAGAUCGUUGCAGUCAGGCCAUUAUUGGGUUUUUUCUGCAAAAAAAUAGAAACAGAUUUAAUCUUGGAACAAAAUAUUUUUUGGGCUGAUAGCCAGGAUGUUCCUAAAAAAAAAAAAAACUAUUCAAUGAAAGAGAUACAUGGAUCUACUCUAUAUCGAAUUAUCGUAUAUACGGUACCGGUAUACGGUAUACUACAUUGUACACCGGCAAUUGGACAUGCGCGUGUACGGUACCGUCGAUGCGAAGUUGAAGUGCAGUUAUUCGACGUAUGCUAGCAUAUUCCCCAUUCAAAAAUGGUGUCUCUCGAGUUUUUAGAUGAAGUGAAGCGUAUGAAUAAACGGCAGCUCUUUUACCAGGUGCUUAACUUUGGUAUGAUAGUGUCAUCUGCACUUAUGAUAUGGAAAGGCCUUAUGGUUGUCACAGGGAGUGAAAGUCCAAUUGUAGUUGUACUCAGUGGGAGCAUGGAGCCAGCUUUUCACAGAGGAGAUCUUUUGUUUUUAACAAAUUAUCAAGAAGAUCCAAUUCGGGUUGGAGAGAUAGUUGUUUUCAAGAUUGAAGGCAGAGACAUUCCAAUAGUUCACAGAGUCCUGAGACUACAUGAAAAGGAAGAUGGAACGGUGAAGUUUUUAACCAAAGGAGACAAUAACAUGGUUGAUGAUAGGGGACUAUAUGCCAAAGGUCAACUAUGGCUUGAAAGAAAAGAUGUUGUUGGUAGAGCAAGAGGUUUUGUACCCUACAUAGGCAACGUCACAAUAAUGAUGAAUGAUUAUCCAAAAUUAAAGUAUAUAAUUCUAGCUGGCCUUGGCAUAUUUGUGUUGAUACAUCGAGAAUGACAUCAUUCCCAGGAACUCUUGCCAAUCAUAGCUUAUCCUCAUCUUUGAGACAACUUUCUUCAUGGAUUUCAUCAUUUGUAGAGUACUGUCUGGAUUGUAGUACACCUCCUUAGUAUUUUCCAUCUAGCUUUUAUUUAUGUGCAUCAUCUUCAUGUCUUCUGAUUGUAACAGUUUUACUGCUUGCUUGGUGCUUGAAACACUUGUAACUAGUCUUCAACUGUACCAAUAUCCUGAAAGACUACUUUGUAUAGUGCUAAAGUUCAAAGCCUGUCUGGUCCGUUAUAUUUUAGUAUAUAUCUAAAGAUAAGUUAUUUUCAAAGAUUGAAUUCAUUGUCAGAGAAAAUGAAAGUAAAACAAAUGUUUGAAAGACACAAUCUAAGAUCUAACAUUUGUUGCUAAAAUUUGCAAUCCAAAUAUCAGAAGUUGAAAGUCCAGUCCUCAAUUACAUGGCAUUGAUUGUCACCAAGGUUUAGUUUUUGAAAUGUCAUUACAACCUUAAAAGUUAAGGAAAAAUAUAAUGAAACAUGGAGAUAGGGAUAAUCAAGUAUCAGUGAUUAUGUAGCAUGGGUUUUACGUCAUAUAAUCAAGGUCAAAGGUCAUUUAGGGUCAAUGAUUGUUGACCAUUUUGUGGUUAAAAAAUCUAAACUUAACCAAGGUUAGGAUUUUCAAGGUAAUUCUGAAAAUAUAAGUCAAUAUUCCAUGGAACUUAUAUGAUGAUUAUCAAGAUUUAAAAUAGAUCAACAUAGUUUUAGGUCACUAGGCCAAAGUCAAAGGUCAUUUAUGGUCAAUAUACCUGUAUCAACUUCAAAAAAAGAAGUAACCAAAUUUUAAUGUUAUCAAAAUAAUUUUGAAAUCACAUGUCUUUAUUUUGUUUGACUUUGAUGUUCCCACAACUACAUCAGUUUAUUUUACGUCACUUAAAGUCAAAGGUCAGUUUGAGCUCAAUAUCUUUGAUGAUAUAUAUUCAUAAAACAGAAGUUUGAAAUGGGCCAACGUUAAGUCUAUGCAAAUUUCUUGCAGGAAUUUACGUAGGAGAUUUUAAUUAGAAUAAGCCAUUUGGUAUUAAUAACAUUAAUUUCUAUUUCAUAAAGUUCUUUCUCCUUAAUUGUACUACUGAAAAUAUGUUAAGAAUUUAUUCUUUGUGUGAAUAAAGCCUUGGGUGAAAAAAUGAAUUCAAUGUUGUCUCGCCAUUAAAUAAAGUGGCAAUCUAUCCAACCAAUUUUGAUUUGCCUAUUUUGAUUAUUUCAAUUUUUAACUUUUCCACUUUUUGAGUCAGAUAUUUCAAUAUUUGCUUUUCUUUGAUUUCAAAGAUUGGUUUCCUGUAAAUGGUAUUAGACCGAGUAAGUUUUGAAAUAUUCGUAGUAUUAUGGGCUUGUUUUAAUUUUUAUCAUGGGAAAAGAUUCAUCACUAAUGCUUUACCUUUUUAUCAUCUUGUUCAAGUUUGGGUAAAUGUACAUUUGUUUCAUUAUCUGUUGUAAAUAUUAUGUACACACAUAAUUGAGCAUUAUUUCUUGCUGUCACUAUCACAAUAUUGAACAUGUAAUGUUUUUUUUCUUGUACUACAUAAUUAGCAGGUUUAGAUGUUAUGUAUCUGUUACCUGCUAUUUUACUCGUUAUGGAAUGCAUACUCUAUCCCCACGUUCGAAGUGGCUAGAACUCAGAAAAUACAACUUUUAAUCCUUUGUGACAUCACAUUUCAAGCAAAGCAUCAACAUAUGUGUAUGGACCGUAAAUUGACCCUGAAGUGAUGUGAAUAAUUAAAGCAAGCUAAGAGUGGGAGUUCUGUAAAGGCCACCGCACACCUUACGACUGUUCGCGAUCCGAUUUUGGAACAAAUCGCAUUUUGCACAUUUCCUAAAAAUGUGAAUGGAACAUAUUAUUUUCUUUGAGGUUUAAAUUAAUUGAAAUAAUACUAAUAUAACCAUUUUGAAAGAUUGCAAGCCUUUAUUUCGGAGUAAAGGCCAAAUUAGUUUCAAAUCGUGGCCAAUCGUACGACUGCUAUGACGUCAUUACGACUAGAUAUUAAAUUCGCUUUUAUUCUAAGAAGGAUGAUAGCAUAGUCACAAAUUUGAACAUAGGUAUUCGUACGAUGAUUUAGAACAUUACACAGUAAGAUAUUCCAAGUCUGAAUGUUAGCAUCAAAGUCUACUACAUUUUAUUCUGAAAUCGGGUCGCAGACCAAUCGUAAGGUGUGCGGUCGCCUUAAGAGUACUGUGAGCAGUUCCCUCCAUCAUGUGCAUAGCAACAAUAUUUUGCCAAAUAAGUGUUUCGCAAAUUUAUAAUUGUCUAAUACCACUUUGCCUGAAUAGGGUAAUUACUCAUAUACAAGUAAUGUUUAAACCAGGAGUUUCAGUGUUUGAUGCAUCUUAUUUCACAUUGAUAAGUUUUCAUGCUGUUUGUCUGUUGAUAUUUUGUUGGUAGAUACAUGUACAAAAUAAAUCAAAUACUGACAAAACAAAUAUUUAAUUUGAUAAUCAGGUCAUGAGUGGUGAAGUAUACCAUCAAAGUUCUCUUAUUGAUAUUAAGUUUUGCAUACGGCUAUAGUCAGUUUGAAAUGUGAUAUUCAGAUACCUUUUGUACAAAGAGAUGUGGGAAUAAUUAUGACAUACUGUUUAACUCAAUGAAUAGUAUAGACUGCCCAGUGUACGCAUAUACACAUUCACACAGAAUAGGAUAUCCUUUAUAAUAGAAUUUCUUACUUCCCCCCCCCCCCUUGACAUGAGGUCCCGAAAUACAGUGUCUUACUCUAUUCUUUAUUUUCUUUAGAAUAUUUCUUAACUUUUCACCUGUAUUACUAUUUGGGGUUACACAUUUGCUACUGAAAAGGCACUUUUAAUUUAAACUAAAAUAUUGAUAAACAUGUUAAAUACAUAUUUAAAUUUCUUAUGAAGUUUGGGUAUUUCAUUUCAUCAGGUUAUAUGAAUUAAUUGUAAAAAAAGACUAGUUUGUAUAAAAGCAAGAUUGACCUGUAAAUAACAAGAUGAGAUCAUUAUACAUUUAGCUAUUGUUUUUAAUUUAAUAAUUACAAAAUAUGUCUGUUCCGUCUAUUUAUUUGUUUUCUUCUUCAAACAUUAUUAUUGUUACAAAACUAAUUUGUAGAAAUUGUCUUAAACAAUAUCUGCCUUUCUAGACACCUUGCAGAAAUGUUUGAAAUAAUGCAAGAAAGUUUAGAUAUGUGUAUUAAAACUAACCACAAGUUCUUUAUGAAAGAAAGACUUUGCUCUUGGUAGAUUCCGUGGGCUGGAGCAUGUCUUAAUGCAUAUACCUCUUGAUAUAACAAUUAAGAGUGCAUUUUGCAAUGGCCUUCUAAUCUGAUUUAUUUGAAAACACAAUAUUUCAAAAGUAAGAUUUAUCAUGCUAUUGUGGUCUGAAUGUUGCAAAUAGAUUUUAUUUAUUUGAUGGACCUUUAAUAUUAAGAUCAAAAUGGGGAAUAUUGUCUUCAAUGGAUGAUAUCUGCUGUAGCCAAUACACAAAGUCAGAUUAUGAAAGUGAAUUUGAAAAUCGUUUUUUUUUUUUUUUGCGUUUAUAUGCCAAUUGCUGUUUUAAGUCAUGUGGAUUUUAAUCCAAUCUCUUUGUUUCCUGUUUUGUUUGGAAAGUGUAUGUAAUUUUGUCACUCGGUAUUAAAGACCUUUUCUCUAUA